AUUGAUGUACUAGUUAGUGCGGUAGUAUGCGAAUGCACACUCCCAGGCGGGCGAUGAUGACUGAACGGAUAGCGGUAAUGUGGGACGAUUUGUAAGGCAACAGUAAUUGGCUGUGAGCGCGUGAUGGCUUUGUCUGUAACUCAUAAUGUUGAAAUAUGUAGCUACUUUUAGUUAUAUAUAAAAUAAGAAACAUUUACUUUGUCUAAUGUGUUUUGCGGCCUUCGAAGUAAGUAAGUUAGUUACUGUUAUUGUAAAAAGUGGUUUAGAAGAUUAGCUUUUCAGACAAAGAAAGGUGAGUAGAAAGAAAGAUGUUCGAGACAGAAGGGUACUUCUUCAUUUUCUUGGAUGCCACCUGCGUUGUCCUUGCUGGACUUCCAUUUGCAAUAUUUAAUUUCCAAUACAACCCAUUCAAAAGAGGAUUUUUUUGCAGUGAUGACACCAUCAAGUACCCUUACAAAGAAGAUACUAUAUCUUAUCAGCUGCUAAUGGGAAUAAUGAUUCCAUUCACAUUAUUUGUUAUCAUUGGUGGAGAGUGUAUUUCCAUAUAUCUCAGAUCCAGAUCCUCGUUGAUCAAUGACUAUGUAGCCUGCAUCUACAAAGCUGUUGGGUCGUUUAUUUUUGGAGCAGCAAUAAGUCAGUCCCUGACUGACAUUGCAAAGUACACCAUUGGUCGUCUGAGGCCGCAUUUCCUGAGCAUAUGCAAGCCCAACUGGAGCCUUGUGGAUUGUAAAUCAGGUUACAUUGAGAACUUCUCAUGCACAGGAGACAAGACAUUGGUCACUGAAGGCAGGCUUUCAUUUUUUUCUGGACAUUCGUCCUUUUCCAUGUAUUGUAUGCUGUUCCUUGCACUGUACCUGCAAUCAAGAAUGAAGGCUGAAUGGGCUCGGUUGCUAAGGCCAACUAUCCAGUUCUUCUUAAUUUCAGCAGCUGUGUAUGUGGGUCUGUCACGAGUGUCAGACUACAAGCAUCACUGGAGUGAUGUUCUCACUGGAUUCAUACAGGGAGCCAUUGUCGCAGUAUUUAUAGUAAUCUGCGUGUCAGAUUUCUUUAAGGCCCAGCUCAAGGGGAACAAAGAACAAAUCUCACACACCACCUUGCAGGAGACUACGUGUGAUAUGAACCACUAUGGGAGCACUGAGUGAGAAAGAGACAAAAUUACAUGAACAUUUCAGACCACUUCCAAUAGAGAAGGACAUUUGAUAGACCAGCAGCUGUUUUGAAACCUCACAUAUAGUCAUAUAUAUAUAUAUAUAUAUAUAUACACACACACACACACACACAUAUAUAUAUAUAUAUAUAUAUAUAUAUAUAUAUAUAUAUACACACACACACUACCGUUCAAAAGUUUGGGGUCACUUUGAAAUUUCCUUAUUUUUGAAAGAAAAGCACUGUUCUUUUCAAUGAAGAUCACUUUAAACUAAUCAGAAAUACACUCUAUACAUUGCUAAUGUGGUAAAUGACUAUUCUUAAUUUCUAGCUGCAAAUGUCUGGUUUUUGGUGCAGUAUCUACAUAGGUGUAUAGAGGCCCAUUUCCAACAACUAUCACUCCAGUGUUCUAAUGGUACAAUGUGUUUGCUCAUUGCCUCAGAAGGCUAAUGGAUGAUUAGAAAACCCUUGUACAAUCAUGUUAGCACAGCUGAAAACAGUUUAGCUCUUUAGAGAAGCUAUAAAACUGACCUUCCUUUGAGCAGAUUGAGUUUCUGGAGCAUCACAUUUGUGGGGUCGAUUAAAUGCUCAAAAUGGCCAGAAAAAUGUCUUGACUAUAUUUUCUAUUCAUUUUACAACUUAUGGUGGUAAAUAAAAGUGUGACUUUUCAUGGAAAACACAAAAUUGUCUGGGUGACCCCAAACUUUUGAACAGUAGUGUAUAUAUAUAAUCUCGGUAUUUCACUGAUCAAAACUAUUCUAAGUUUUUAUUGUAAGUUUGACCAAAACUAUUGUAAGUGGUUGUGUAAAGCAACCACAGCUGAAUCUGAAUUCUUCUGAAUUUGUUUCAGUCUUCCCUCUAAAUGAAAUGAACUAUCCCACUGAAAAUCCUUUUGAAAUGGAAGGUUAUGUAUAUAACUGUGGUUUGGCUAUUAAGUGGAGGCCCACCAGUACUUUUUCCCCCUAAGAACUACUGGAGUCUUUCAUGCUCUUGUUCCUUGCAAAGUACAAAUAUCAAAGUCAUCACCUCAUGACUGUAAUCCCAUGUGGCUAGCUUAUAGCAUAGCCUAGCUCAGUCACAUCCAUUCUCUGGUUAUUCUCAUCAAGGCUCAUAGACUCAUAUAUAACCUUCUAGUGGAGGCUGUAUAUAAAAGUCGUCACAAUGGUUUGUAACAUCCUGAUAAUGUACUAUGUGAGAUGAUAAUAGACAGCACUCACCAAUAGUGCUGAUAUAAUUCUUUAUUGAUGAUGGGAAGCUCUUGAAAUGUUUACACUGUAUUUUGUGGUACUUAUAUUGUAAAAUCACUUCAGCUGCAGCUACUCUAUUUGAGAAUGGGAAACACUUAAAAUACAGAUACUGUUCUAUAUAUUGAAGACAAGAAUCAUUCUCAUAUACUGCUUUUUAUUAAGGAUAAGAAUCAUUCAAAUUAACAACAUGGGAAGGAGCAAUGAAAGAACGUUCAGUCUGUAAAUUCUGCUGAAAAUAGACAGUGUGUUCCAUAUCACCACCUUGCAACUGUUUGAAAGUGCCAUAAUAUGUGUCGAAUGCACUUGGUUUUUUUUGGAAGAAAGCACCUCUUGAUCUGUGUUCAAGUAUGGCUGUGUACAUACCUGCAAACUAGUCACCUUUCGGUGAAAUUCGCCGUUUUGAUCCCAAAAUAGGUCACUUGUGUGAAUCGUGUAGAUCCGAAGAGGUUUUUUUGGGGGGUGGGUGGGGGUGGGGGGGUGCGUGAGGCUACGUUACCGCACAUUUGGUUUCAAUAUACUCUACUACUACUUUUCUCCUCACACCCACAUUCAGACCAUUUCCGCCUUCUUCAUACUUCAAACGUCUCUCUGAUUGGAUGACAUUCCAACGAGCCAAUAGUCUUACAGAACGCUGGACAGUAUCCGCGAAUUGUAACUGAAUAGAGGCGGGGUUUUCUUGAAUACGGGUGUGUAUAGGAGGAUGGCAGAGAUCAUCCAAACGCAAUGCAGAACGGGACACUGAGUCUUGAAAACAGCUCACGGAAUCAUAUUUUCUGAUUUUUUCCGGAACUCUAUAUUACAUCUGGAGACGGAAAAACAUUUUUAGUAUGCGGAGAAAGCUGUGUUACGAUGAGUGCGAUUUAAAGAGGCUUUAGGGUGGUUUUUUUGGUACCUGUGAGUUGGUGGGCUGUGAGUCGCGUUUUUAUGACGUAAGACGCAAGGGGCGGGGCUGUUACGUUUGAACCAAACGCGCGACACGGAAGAUGUUUCUGUGGGCUGAAACAAAACAGAAAAAAAUGUCAAAUAAGUUUGAAUAAAGUCAUUUUUUGUUGAACAUAAGGAUCUAUAAACGCGUGUUUUGGGUAAGAGAAAUCAUUUUUAUGUGAAACUAUUGGUGGGAUUGUCAAAAUAUAACGUAAUAUGUGUUGAUCUCGGUUGUAUUCAGAGAACCAGUUGUGCGUGUGAGUGAGAGAGAGAGAGAGUGUGUUAGUGAGAGAGAGAGAGAGAGAGAGAGAGAGUGUGUGUGAGUGAGUGAGAGAGAGAGAGAGUGUGUGUGAGUGUGUGUGAGUGAGAGAGAUUCUCUCUCUCUCUCUCUCUCACACACACACUCUCACACCAUGAAUUUGGCAGCACUGAAGGAAAGGAGGGCUGAAUUUGGUGUCCAGCCAUCUACCAGUGCUGCUGGUAAUAGGGCAGAGGUGGUGAAGAAGGAUAGCAUGGCGCAAAAGAGGCACAUGGCAGAGCAGCAUAAACGUGCCCUUGAACGGCUUGUUCGGGCCAAAAGGUCUAAAAAAUGAUAAACUGGUCUGCUGAAGAAAGUUUCCAGUGUCACACUUCAAAAAUUAUUUUUUUGAAUUCAAAUUUUACUUUUUACUUUUUAUACUUUUCCUUCCUUAAUGGUAAUGUAAUGAGGUGUCAGAUGCAAAACUGAAAAUUGCAAAGCUAAAAAUGAAUAAAUCUUGUCUUUGUUUUAAA